CUUUGUUAAGUUUUUUUGUUCGAUGUACUGUUUUGGUACUGUUUAUAUUAUUACGUGUUAGUAAGAUAAAACAAUUAUUUUGUUUUUGAAUAACAAGAACUUUAGAAGACUUUCAUCUAUUUUUAAUCACCCUGGCUUCAAUUUUUAGUGUGUUAUAAGACACAAGCUCCACCCCUCUAGUUCGACGCUUUGUUGUCUUGUAACGGAGAACUGCUAGUUGUGUUAACAGCUAGUGUGAUAGUUAUGAAGCUGUACAUGUUUCUAAGAGACUCUUGAAAGGAGGAAAUCUGCAGGAUUUACGAGACUUGACUGUUAAAGAGGGAAGUGUCGUAUAAAGGGGAAAUGUAUGCCGUUCAUCGGUGUCGAGAAUAACGUGUUUUCUUAAAGAUCUGUGCAAGUUCCCAAUAUGUGAAGGGCAAGUUAUGAAAGCAGAAAGUCACCAUGACUCAAAGCCUUCAUCAAGGAAAGCGGUUCUUCUGUCGAGAGUGGACCUUUGCAAAAAUUGUCCAUUGUCUCGACAAUCGGUCAGCAUCCAAGACUUGUGGGGCUCUCAUUAUGGGGGGUCCAGGAUGUGGAAAAACUGCUCUCUGCUGUGAAAUUGUGUGGCCUACUAUGAAGCAUGGCAAACAGCAGCACCUCAGUCAAAGGGUGUUAUCCUACCAUUUCUGUCAGGCUCACGAUACUGACACAAUUUCCUUAUCAGGAUUUAUACUUAGUCUUGUUGAGCAGAUGUGUGUGUCUGAUCACAUUUCCGGCUACAGCGAGAAACUUAAAGAUCCUGAAAUUCAAGCAGUUCUCAAUGCAACGGAAUGUGAACGCAAUCCUGAUGAAGUAUUUAAAAAAGCUGUCCUCUUUCCUCUAUUAGAAAUUGAACCACCAAAUCAGGCGUACUUUAUUCUGGUGGACUCAAUCGACGAAUCGUUUUUCCAACCUGUAGGAGAAAAAAGUAGCACAAGCAGAACUAUUGCUGAGCUUCUGGCAAAUCAUCACCAUCUCUUUCCCCAGUGGCUGCUUCUAGUCUGUUCUGCCCGCAAGCAAGGAAGGAGCGUCACACGGUUGUUUACUGGGUUCAGGAAGAUCAGUCUGGAUGACCUGCGGAAGUCGCACGUAGUGAGAGACGUCCAGCAGUAUAUUCUUUCCAGAUUGGACGAGGAGGAACAUCUUCGGCAGCACCUGAGCCGGGAGACUGCGGAAAUGCUGAACCAGCUCCACAUAAAAAGUAAUGGUUGUUUUAUGUAUCUCGAAAAAGUUUUAGACGGAGUAUCUGAAAAUUUUAUAAUGUUACGAGAAAUCAGGGAAAUCCCGGGAACAUUAAAUGGUCUCUAUCUGUGGCUAUGUCAAAGGUUGUUUGUUAGGAAGCAGUUUUCUAAAGUCCAGCCGCUACUUAAUGUUAUCUUAGCAACGCGAAAGCCUUUAACAGAGGAAGAACUUUUCCAGUGUGCUUGGACUCGAAAUACUCAGUUAACUUGGGAGGAAUUCCAGAAACGUUUAGCAUUGCUAGAAAAACUGUUGAUUGAAGAUAAGAAUGGUACAAAGAUUCUGUUUCACCACAGUUUUGCAGAAUGGCUGUUGGAUGUCAAACACUGUACUCAGAAGUACUUGUGCCAUGCUUCUGAAGGCCACGCUAUGUUGGCCAUGAAAUACACGUGUUUUCCUCGACAUCUUUCUCCUAGUGAACUUCAUGACUUUGUGUUUCACUUACUUAAGAUUCCCCAGUGUUCAACACUACAGUCGUAUCACUUACCAUUAUGGCUUCUAACGUCUGGUGCUCCUAUAGACCAUGCCUUUUCUCAGACACUUCCCAAAGAUUCUAGAGUUACAAAGUUGCUAGUCGAAGCGGGCGCAAAGUUGCCUGCUGAUGAUAUUGAUGAGAAUCGGAGUGAUGCAGUGGGACUAAAGUCACCAGAUGAUCCUCUGGAGCUGCUGCUACAGACUGGAGGAUCAAUUAACCAAUUAGAUCAUAACCAGCGGACGUUGUUGCACAGUGCUGCAUACGAAGGGGAUGAUCACCUAGUGGCAAGACUCAUUGCUCGGGGAGCCGACCUUGAGGCAGUAGAUAAGAACGGCCAGACACCUUUGAAUUUAGCAGCUCGACAGGGACACUCGCAGGUUGUGGAAUUGUUGUUAAACGGUGGUAGCGACCCCGACCAUGCUGAUAAUGAAGGUUGGACCCCAUUACGGUCUUCUGCAUGGGCAGGUCACACUGACGUUGUCAUAUCUCUGCUUAACAAGGGAGCUGAUGUAGACCUGGAAGAUGCUGACCACCGGACAGCCUUGCGAGCAGCAGCCUGGGGUGGACAUGAAGAGAUUGUGUUGCGGUUGCUGCAGUACAAGGCCAAUGUCAACAAGGUAGACAAUGAGGGCAGAACGGCUCUGAUUGCUGCUGCGUACAUGGGUCACGCCGAGAUCAUCAGUCACCUCUUGGAUCAUGGUGCCGAAAUAAACCACGAAGACACGGACGGAAGAACGGCUCUCUCGGUAGCCGCCCUCUGUGUUCCAGCUUCCGAGGGCCAUGCCAGCGUUGUAAGUCUUCUUCUGGAACGUGGUGCCCAAGUUGACCACAGGGACAAGGAUGGUAUGACCCCGCUAUUGGUCGCAGCCUUUGAGGGUCACAGUGAAGUCUGUGAACUCUUACUUGAAGGAGAUGCUGACGUAGAUAAUACUGAUAACAGUGGCCGCACUCCGCUGUUUGCAGCAGCAUCCAUGGGCCAUCCAGCUGUAGUGAACCUACUUCUCUUCUGGGGUGCUGCGAUCGACUUUAUUGACCCGGAAGGCCGAACAGUUCUGUCUAUUGCUGCUGCUCAGGGCAACACAGAUGUGGUGAGACAACUUCUUGACCGAGGAUUGGAUGAAAUGCACAGGGACAAUGGUGGCUGGACUCCACUUCAUUAUGCUGCUUUCGAAGGCCACGUAGAUGUCUGUCAGCAACUUAUUGAGGCUGGUGCUAGAGUCACAGAAGUAGACAAUGAUGGUCGAGUGCCCUUGAUCUUAGCUGCUCAAGAAGGUCACAGUUCACUGGUAUCCAAGUUACUGGAUGUCAGCCGAAACAUGAUAGAUGUAAAGUCUCAUGAUGGAAAAACUGCACUGCGAGUAGCAGCAUUGGAAGGACACAGAGAUACGGUUCACAUGCUACUAAGCAGAGGCUCCGAUUUAAACUACAAAGAUGCUGAUGGACGGUCAACUCUCUAUCUUCUAGCUUUAGAAAAUCGCUUAGAUAUGGCAAUGCUGUUCCUAACAAAUGGUGCCGAUGUAGAGGCUACAGACUUGGAAGGACGAAGCCCUCUGCACGUUUCAGCGUGGCAAGGUCAUUAUGAAAUGGUUGAGGCCCUCCUGAACUACGGAGCAAAUGUCAAUGCGGUCGACAAUGACCGUCGAACUGCCCUUCAGUCGGCGGCAUGGCAAGGCCACAGCACCAUAGUAAGAUUACUCCUUGAGCGACAAGCAGAUAUAGAUCAUACUUGCAAUCAGGGUGCUACUGCUCUCUGUAUAGCAGCUCAAGAAGGUCACGAUACUGUUGUUCGUUUAUUACUGGAGCAUGGAGCCAACUCUAACCAUGCUGAUCAGUUUGGAAGAAACCCACUUCGGGUGGCCUUGAAAGGUGGGCACAGUCACGUGGUUAGAAUUCUAGAAGAGCACAUAGCCCACCAUGGACCUUCUAGUCACCGACAGUGUUCCACCAGCACUACCUCUCUUACGUCAGCAUCUACAGCUGAGACUAAGCCUUGCAGUGCCAUUCUUUGUCAGCCUGGGAUACUAGAAUCACCCGAAUCCACAGUUGAUAAGCGGCGUUCAUUUAUUUCAAACCAGUCAUCAUCCAAGUCAUCCAGUAAUUUGACAAGCUCAACCAACAAGUCCUCACACCAGGCUGUAGACAUCCGCUCAGUGUGGACCCCUCCUGUUCUUACGUUUACUCAACAACUCCAGCAGUGUACAAGAAAUCGGAACAGAGUUAGUCGUGUGCUGUCUCCACUCAGCGAACCCCAAAGCCCAGUUCCAAGCCCUCCACAGUCUCCACUCAGUGACGUCCAGGGCCAAAGAGUUUCUCCGGUUCAAAUGACCAGCCUUCAAGAUGCGAAUGUCCCCAGCACUGCCCAUGUACCCGUGUUAAUAAACCCCCUAGUUGAAGAGACCGUUGGGAGUACUAGACUUCCAAGUUCUGGUGUUCCUAUAUUAGGCAGUGCCCAACCCGUGGCAGCUUUCAGACGUCCCGCAGAGCCACGAGUACGAAGGAAUGGUAUUGUCACAAACCCUAACUACAAGAGUGGCCAUAUAGGCAAGAGUGCAACUAACCCAUCACAGCUGAGAGUUAAACACAUCUCUGAUAGAGGACUACCUGUAAAAAAAGAAACUCCUUUAUAGCAUUGACAAGUCCUGUUCAUACAUCAAUAUGUAUUUAAAGAUGGCCAGACUCACGGGAACGAGAACAACAUCGCAGUUAGUAACAUACUUUGAAUUCAGUCCUCAAAUGAAAAGUAUAUUUAGUAUAGCACUGUAUAAAUGGUGGUAAUACCUUGUGAUAUGACAACAAUCAAUCGUGAAAAGGAAGACAGCAUGUUGCUAUGAUACCACAAUAUGACUUUAAAAUAGUAUUAAAUUAAAGCAUUUCAGGCACAUUUAAGUUCCUGUCGUAAAUUUUUAGUAUUGUCUAUUACAGGACCAAUAAAGACACUUGUUUUUGUU